AUGGGCGUCGUUCUCUCCACGCUGGCCGGCGCCGCCUCGGCCCUGCGCAUGCUCCUCGAGCCCGUGCUCAGCUUUUCCAAAGCUCUCGAGCGCGCGGGGAUAUCGCCAGGCCUGCCGGUGCUCAAGCCCACGACGCCAUACUGGACCAGAGACCCGCCGCAUCCCGAGCUGGUGAAGCAGCAGUCCUCAAGCCUGCCGACCAACGUCGACGUCGCCAUCAUCGGGUCCGGCAUCAGCGGCGCCGCGGUGGCACACUCGCUCCUCCUGCUGCCACACUCCGGCAGCGAGUCGGCUGCUGGACCCAGUAUCGCCGUGCUCGAGGCCCGGGACAUCUGCAGCGGCGCAACGGCCCGGAACGGGGGCCACAUCAAGACGGCCCCCUGGGCAGCCUACACGCGCCUGGCCAAGCACGUCGGCAAAGAGCGCGCCGCGGUCCUGACGCGCUUCCAGCGCCGGCACCUCGAUGUCCUGCUCGCGCUGUGUAGGGACACCGAGAUCGGCGACGCGGCGGAAGCGCGAGAGGUCGAGACCGUGGACCUGUUCCUCGACGCGGAGUCGUUUGCGGCCGCGGCCAAGGAUGUGGCGGAGACGGCGGCGGCACUGCCCGAGGAGAAGAUGACGGUGUGGGAGCGAGAGGAGGCCCAGAAGAAAUUCGGCACGGGCCCGAGCAUCUACGGGGCCAUCUCCUACCGGGCCGGCGCCCUCUGGCCAUACCGCAUGGUCACCUCCAUCUGGCAGCGUCUGCUCGCCGCGCACCCGGACAGACUCUCGAUCGAGACGCACACGCCCGUGGAGAGCAUCUCCGUGAACGACGGCGUGGGCGGCGGACCUGCUCCCGAGACGCACCCUUAUGCCCUGCACACCCCUCGCGGCACGGUCUACGCGCGCAACGUGGUCCACGCCACCAACGGCCACGCCUCGCACCUCGUGCCGGGCCUGCGCCGCAAGAUCACGCCCGUCCGGGCACACAUGUCUGCGCAGAAGCCCGGGCUUGCGUUUCCCGCGGACCACGGCGCGCACCGCUCGUGGAGCGUCGUGUAUGGCGAAAACUUUGACUACGUCACGCAGAGACCGCCAGAUGUCAGGGGCGGCGACGGCGGCGGCGACAACGACAGGGAAGAGGCAGGAGGAGGAGGCGGAGGAGGAGGAGUCCAGCAGGACCAUCAGGGAGACUUGAUGAUUGGCGGCGGGUUCGACCGCUCGCUCAAGAAGGGCAUCGACAUGGUGGCCGUGGCGGACGACGGGGCGCCCCUGGACGCGGUCACGCUGGCACACAUCGCGGGCGUCUUCCCCGCCGUGUUCUCGCCCAACUGGGGUAUUGGCAGCGGGCUCAGACAGGCGUGGUCCGGGAUCCUGGGCUUCACGGGAGACCUGCUGCCACUCGUCGGGAAGCUGGACACGGCAGUCACGGGCAGGACACCGGCAGGCGGGGUCGGGGAUCCUUCCGGGCAGGGCGAGAUGCUGUCACGUCAGGAGUGGAUCGUGGCGGGUUGCGCCGGCGAAGGCAUGGUGUGGUGCUGGCUCGCUGGCGUCGCACUGGGCAUCAUGAUGAGCGGCCGUGAAGGGGAAGAACUUGCUGCCGCACCGGGACGGCCUGCUGGUCGUGUCUUGGAUUGGUUGCCGCGUGAGCUGCACGUGUCCAAGGAGAGGCUGAAGAGUGCUGAUUUGAGCAAUUUGCCAGCACACAUCUGA